CAUGCAUCAUCCACAUGCCCGCCCAUAUGCAUGAUCGUGUCAGCCCAAUCGCAGCCUCAGUCUACUCGAAAGGGGCAGUGGCAUCGCCCGGCGAGAUACUUCCCUUGCGAUGCACAGCCUUAUGGACAGCCCACCAGCCUCAAUAUGGAACACCUGCACCUUCUCUUUGCGCUCUCAGCGGCCUACCAUCUUGACUCUGGAAUAGUCGCUGAAGCUCAUCGCUUGCUUGAAAUGCAACAUGGGCACGUUUUUAGAACCUUUUCCGCGCGAUCCCCUCCGAAUACGUCUCGCGCACGCCCUAGGCUUCCCGAAUUACCCAAACGAUGCCGCCGUCGAACCGUACAUCAACUACCUCAUGAACCAGCAUGAUGCUCGAGGUACUCCAGAAUACGAAGAGCUCCUCAUAAAGAUAACACAAUACUUCCAAGGCCCUCAACCCCCUGGGCCAAUGAAGAAGAGCAUCGAAGGGCUGCUACAUUCGCUAUCUACGCACCCGAACACACCAUGGCAUGAUGAGGACACGGUGGUGCGCGCUAUUGGCAGUUGCACACUAUUACUGAGCUCGUUCACCGACCUACCAACGGUAGACGGUAAGCUCCGUAUGGUGACGGCUAGCUACAAUCUGCGUAUGCACAAGAGCUUGCUCGGGGGUCAGCCAUACCGCCAUAGCUUGGCCGAAAUGGUAGCGGGCAGCGUUCUGCUACCAGCGCCUGUCGCAUUCGCCUCUGUGGUGACCAUGGCAGAUUUGGAGUCGUUGGAGUCGCUCUUCGUUGACGCUACCCACCUUAACGCUUACCGGUUGACCGUGUUCGGAGCAGUGGAAAUCACCUGGACUUACAACGUCUCCCGGCAUCUCCUGCUAUCGAACCGCAACGGACGUCGCAUACUUGAGAUAUUCGCGCUACCAUGUGCCUUGGAUGCCAUUCCCCUUAGAAUGGUGGGUGUUCGUAAUGAGCUAGCACAAGAGGUCCUGGAGUCAUACAGCUUGCUAUUCAACGCCUGGCCAUCAUUGGGUCCCCAUGCUAAAUUUGGCUUAUGGCGGCGAUGUUGCCCAUGUCAGCCCUGCUCUGCACGACGAUACAGCAAUCGCGCGAUCAGCGACUACCAAGCCUUUAGUCGGCUUCAACGUAGCAGCGAAUAUGACCCUAAACUUCCUCACCUCAUGAGCGCCCUGAACCAGCAGCCAAUCGCAUGGACACCUGGCAUAUUCCCUCAUCUCUGGUCUCGAAUUAUGGUCCUAGAUGAGCAUCUGCAGCAAGCGAAGCCAUGGAGCAUUUGGGUCUUGUUUCGUAACCGUAACGACACCUUGCAGUUUUGGACGUUCUUGUUCGCUACGAUUGUUGUCUUUAUGACUGCUAUCCAGGUUUUGCUUGGCGUCGCCCAAGUCGUAGGGUCUUUCCGUUGAUGAACGACAUCGGAAAUAUUCAGCCUCGUAUCAUGGGCGGCUAGCCUACGCUCGCAGGUUUUAUGGGUGCUCGUGACGCGCGCGCUCGCUUAUACGCUUUCGUGAGUGGUUGCGAUGGGGAACACCAUGAUCGUGCAGCGUGGCUUAUCCCCAGCCUCAGAUACUGUUGCGAAAGCCGGAUGUGAUACGCCGUGCAUCCAGAGGUCAUUCUUAACAGGAUCCGUAAGCUUGCCUCCUACAAAAAAAAUUUGAGCCUUUUACCGC